UUGAACUUUCGGGGAUCCAUCACGUGGGCCCGGGCCAAGCUGGUGAGCAGCGUGCGCCUCUGCUUUCACCUCCGCCUCCAUGUUCGGCCAUGUCCUUCCAACCAAACUAUUCAUAUAAUUCAGCCACUGGUGACAGCCCCCUCUGUCAGGAGUCAGUCUCUGGCGGUGUCGACCGACGCACGCCAUUUCUGAAUUCCACAACUCGUGUUCAUCCCUACACGCACAACGAGAACCACCAUUCUGCUCAGCGUCGCGCAGAGUACCUCGCCAGCACUGGUCCUCCAUCUCUUGGGCUUCGUCCUUCUACUUUCCGGGAGGAGAUGGGCUACGAACGUCCGGGUACCUCGGAAAACACGUUAGCAGCGACUCGAGCUGGCACAGGAGUCCCUGGGCGACCGCCCCUAGGAGAUCUCUCCACCGCCCGAAGCGCCAUAUCCAGCAACAACACGGAUAAUGAACAACGACACCUCAUGUACGGUGAUGCAGCCAGCUUCGGGCCUCAAUCGCAUGCGCGCGACCUGCGGCACGUCGAUAGGAUCGCAAACGAGUUGAAGAUCACCGACACAGCGCAACGGAACUUCCUUUACGACGUUGCAGAAUGGAGUCCAACGCAGGCUAUCCCGUACGUCGCCGCUACCCAGAGGAUGAUGACGAACAUGCUCGUGUGCAUGCAAGAAUCCCAGCGCAAGCUCGAGCACGAUAUGGAACUCGUGAAGCGCACCAUCGCUAUAGAAUGGGAGCCUCAGCCAGGCCUUCGGGACGCACUCGUCAAGGUCUACCAACACUUCCUAGUUGCUCCCCGAAACACCUACGAAGACAUCUCGGAGCGCGCGAUUGACUUUGUCGAAGCUAACCUCGCGCGCUUCCAAAUCGACUAUAUCUAUAACUACCACCCUACUAUCAAGGAGAAGGUUCAAGACUUCAUCACCUCAUCAGCCACCGAGAUACGUAGCUCAUUUCGUAAGGUGCUCUUCAAGUCCAUUGAGGCGGGCCAGGAGAUACCACUCGAAGAAUUCACGCAGUACAUACUUAAGGAUUAUGAGGCCUACGGCACGCGCGACGUGACAAACCAACGCAAGGCAACAUUUGCGCUCAUGCGCAAGGUCGCCCAUCCCCUCCUUCGGCCGAAGAAUAACGAAGGGGGAACGGACCGCACGCGCUACAACUUCUACGAGAACCUGGAGAUAGUGCUUGACGAGCUCGUCGAGGCUCACGGCGAUAACCGUACUGAUCGUGCGUGGCAAGUAUGGGAGCUAGACAUCAUCAAAGAUGACGAAGCGAAAUUCGUUGGACAGGCGAAGGUGCAGAGGCCGCGUCGCAAGGGCCGCAAUACACGCGACCCAACUGGCCUUAUUGUCAAUGAGCCCGCGCGUCCGCCGGAUGCUUAGGCUGCGAGCGGCUUUCAAUACAUGAUAGUUGACAUAUCAAUACACAGUGUUAGUAUCAGUCCCAGUGAGCGCGAGCCGCAAGCAUGGAUUUAUAUCAGGGCAUUCCCUAUAAGGCAAUGAUCUAGUUGAACUUCAGUGUCCCGGCAUCUCCCUCGCUUCGUCAUGUCCCGUGUCGACACCAAUUUGGGCAGGUGGGGCGGGUGGAGUAGCCGCUGG